GGAAAAGAGAGCCAGUACAAUUAGUUGACAAGAACCCACUACCGCCCCGGGGCGGGAUCGCAGUCACAGCGCACGCAGAUUAGCCCAUUCCUCCACACUCAGUCCACAGCUGACAACACUCACUCCCUCCUCCCCUGUCUGCGUCGCCAUCAAACGACGGCGACGUUGUCACUUCCCUUCCCUAUAAGUUACCUUGCCAUUUCUUGUCCUCCACUCCUAGAAGAAAUCGAAACCAGCAUCUUCCGAUUCCGUCGUGCUCGAGAUCGGAUAAAAUCGACCCCGUCUUCUCAAUUCUCAUUGAAUUGAAUUAUUAUCAUUAGAACAGACAGCAACGUGAUAAACUAAACUAAGGGCGACAGCUCAGCGCAGCAUAUCGAUGCUUAGAGUCAGCUUGCAUCGCCUCUCGCUAUCCGCCCUCUGCUCAUAUCCUCCGCGCUCUCUGUCUCCUCGGCAUCAAACCUUCUCUUUCCCCCAAUUGAGAACCCGAGCGAUUCCGUUGAGCACAAUGAGGGAUUUCAGCACCUCCUCCGACCUCACCACCAAGCUCUUGUUUCGCCAGCUCUUCGAGAAGGAUUCUUCCACUUACACUUACCUGCUCGCGGAUGUUGGUCACCCUGACAAGCCUGCCCUGCUGAUUGACCCAGUAGACAAGACAGUAGAUAGGGACAUCUCCCUUGUAAAAGACUUGGGAUUAAGGCUGAUUUACGCCAUAAACACUCAUGUCCAUGCUGACCAUAUUACUGGCACUGGGUUACUAAAGACAAAGGUUCCUGGUGUAAAGUCUGUUAUCUCAAAAGCAAGCAAUUCUAAAGCUGAUAUGCACAUUGAAGCAGGAGACAAGAUCUACUUUGGAGAUCUUUUCCUGGAGGUUAGAGCUACUCCUGGGCACACACAGGGCUGUGUCACCUAUGUUACAGGAGAUGGUCCUGACCAACCAACCCCAAGGAUGGCAUUCACUGGGGACACCUUGUUGAUACGGGGGUGUGGACGAACUGAUUUUCAGGGUGGGAGCUCGCAUCAACUCUACCAUUCUGUGCAUUCUCAGGCAAGAAGAUGGGACGAUGAGAAUGGGAUCUUCACCUUGCCCAAGGAUACCUACAUCUAUCCUGCUCAUGAUUACAAAGGAUUCACUGUCAGCACAGUUGGAGAGGAGAUCCAAUAUAAUCCCCGGCUCACCAAAGGCGAGGAAACAUUCAAGAGCAUCAUGGAAAAUCUUAAUCUUCCAUACCCUAAGAUGAUCGAUGUGGCUGUUCCUGCAAAUCUCGUAUGUGGGUUGCAAGAUGAUUCAGCAGAGUCAGUUGCCGCGACUUCUAAGUAGAAGAACAGUCAGGUGUUGCAGGACUAGGGCGGCUACUGGAUGAGCAAAUGGUGCAGGUAAAUGCCUAGAUGUCUUGAAAUAAGAGUGGAGAAAUAAUGUUGUGCGACUAUAUGUGCGUUUGAAAACAGAGUAUUUCGACAUAAGCUGUAGGCCAUUGCUUGGUGAUGGCGCAUGUCCUCCAUACGUCUUCUGGUAUAGGAGCUUCGACUUCCGUGUAUUAUGAAACUACAUAUAUUACUUGAUGCCAAUCUGAAAGUAAAUGACUUACUACCUUGACGUAAGAACCGAGUCAUAAAGGAAGAAAUGUGUAUUUAUUUGCGCGCAAGAUAUCACCU